CUGUGACUCAGCCGAACCCAACCCCCUCCUCACCACCCCCUUUCUUCCUCCUUUCUAUGCGAAGCCAAAAAGAGACAUUCCACGUACCAAAGAAGCUGGUGGAGAGGGAUCUCUUUCAAGCAGAGGCAGAAUGGCGAGCAGAUUGUGGCUGGUGGCUUGUGCACUGGCUGUGAUUCUGGAUGUUGCGGCUCCUCAGGACACGGUGUGCCAAGCAGCCGCUGGCAGAGAUGGACACCCAGGGACUCCAGGCAGGGCUGGGCGCCCAGGACAGAAAGGAGAUCUGGGCGAGCCAGGGAGGGCAUCAAGGAGCACAGGCAUACAGGGACCCAAAGGUGACCCAGGGCAGCCAGGCCCACCAGGCAUGCCAGGUAACCAGGGCUACCGAGGCCCCGAUGGCCCCCCAGGCCCUCCUGGCGAAGAAGGAGACAAAGGCCAGAAGGGGCAAGUUGGUGACAGCAUGAAGCAGCCCCGAGCUGCUUUCUCAGCCUCUCUGAAGAACCACAAGCCUAUUGGCAACGUAGUGGUAUUUGACAAUGUCAUCACCAACCAGGAUGAUGGUUACGACCUCCAGACGGGCAAAUUUACCUGCAAGGAUGCUGGGUACUACUACUUCUCCUUCCAGGUGAUUUCCAAUGGCAACCUGUGCCUUCGCCUCAUGCACCAAGGCAACCAAGUAGCCACCUUCUGUGACAACAACAAGCAAGGCCUCCUGCAGGUCAACUCAGGAGGGAGUGUCCUGUACCUGGCUAAGGGUGAGAGCGUAUGGCUGGAGACUGACCCGCAGGAUGGGAACAACAUCAACGUCAGCAGCGAUGCAGACAGCGUGUUCAGUGGCUUCUUGCUUUUCCCGUCGGGCGCCGUGGCAGAGCUCCUGCUCCAAGAGAUUGACAUCACUGUGGCAAGCCCGCCUUGCAACUUGGACGUCCUUGGUGGUUGCCGAGAUAACAGAACAAAGAUGGAUGUGGGGAGGUUCUUCAGCUGGGGGUGCCUCCUCCUUUUCUUGAUACUGAUGGAAUCGUCUACAGGAGCUGAUCCUCCACACUUCUGCUAUGGAGCACCAGGACUUCCUGGUGUGCCUGGCCCUCCGGGAAAGGAUGGCAGAGAUGGGCUGAAAGGAUCUAAGGGAGAGCCAGGCCCACCAGCCAUUCCUGGAAGUCGAGGUCCCAAGGGAGAAGAAGGAGAACCUGGAGCUCCUGGUCAUGUGGGGAAGAAUGGGCCUCGAGGCGCUGCUGGACCUCCAGGGGAGCCCGGCCCCAAGGGGGACAGGGGUGAACCAGGGGAGCCGGGCGGCUACAAGCGGAACCACCAGUCAGCCUUCACGGUGAUGCGUCAGACGGCCCAGUACCCUGCCAAGAACGCCCCCGUCGUCUUCAACAGGGCCAUCACCAACAUUAACCAGGACUACGACCUCAACAACGGCAAGUUCACAUGUCGUAUCCCUGGCCUCUACUACUUCACCUACCACACGUCCCAGACGGCCAACCUCUGUGUCAACAUGUACCUGAACCGGGACAAGGUGGCCAGCUUCUGUGACCACAUGUCCAACGACAAGCAAGUCAGCUCGGGUGGCAUCCUGCUUCAGAUGCGGCAGGGACACCAGGUGUGGCUGGCAGUCAAUGACUACAAUGGCAUGGUGGGCAUUGGGGGAUCGGAUAGUGUCUUCUCAGGCUUCCUGCUUUUUCCAGACUAG